UUCGCUUAUCAAUAUACUUAGACAAUGUAUAAUGGUUUCAACACCCAUUUCAUUUUCAACACUUUUUUUUCUCUUUUUAUAAUUUCACAUCAUUUUCUCUCUCUUGCACUUAAUUUAUUCAACACUCACUUCAUUUUUAACUUCUACAAUGAUUUGUUUUAAAAAUUUCAACACCCUACUCCACUAUUUUUAAUUUAUAUAUUUAUCUUUCACAAUAUAAUAACUAUAUAUUAAUAAUUUGAUUAUAAUUAACUUGAAACAUAAUUUGUUAGAAUUUUGGUAGUUAAACAAAAAAAUAGAAAAAUUAUGGGUGUUAAAAAAUUUAUUAUUGGGAUUUAUUUAACAAAAAAAAAGAGGUUUAAAAUAAGAAAAUAGUUGAUUAUAAUGAAAAAUAAAUAUUUUGUAUCCAAAUGAAAUAAGAGUAGUCUCUAUUUAUAGAUCAUAAAAAAUCAUGAAUUUUGAUAUAAUUUUUAUUCUUUAAAAAAGUUUUAUUAUAUGAUAAAUGACUUGGAAUUAUUAGGUAGAAUAUAAAUAAAAUAAAAAACUACACAACCAAUAAAAACACAGCAUGAGUGACCAACAUUUUUAUCCAACCAAUUUUUGUCACGUGGCUGUGUUGGUCCACAUAAAUUUGUUUCAAACAUGUUGAAACUUUACAACCAUAUUGAAUCCACCUAGCUAAGUUACAACAUUUCAACAAUAUCAUUGCAAGGAAUUCAACAAUAUAAAUCAAGUUUCAACACUCUCAUUGUGAGUGGUCACGCUGAUGGCAAUACAUUUGUUAUAUAGUUAUCCAGCCCUUUCAUUUCAUCCCUCAACCUACAACUAUCCCAUUUCCUUUUAUACCAUUCAUUUUAAUUCUUUUUAUUACAUACAUUCAAAUUACGUAGCAGUUACAGCCAUGCGUGUAUAUAUAGUAUCACACUGGUAUGCAUCUAAAGGCAUCAAUUUGAACAAUCCUAAACCUUAUAUGGCGUCUCUAUCUACAACUCUGAAACCGCUAGCUUCCUUUUCACCAUUUGUUAAACAACGUAACCCCAACAGUAAUAGUAAUGCCUUGUUCACUUAUCACACACCCAACUCCACAAACUACAUGUUGUCCAAACGAGGAGGGUCCGUGGCUCACAAGAAACUCACGUUCGUGGCUGUUCAUGAUGCACCAGAUCAGGUCGAGAGCUUUUCUAGAAUACCCUUUUCGGAGGUCGUGGUAGCGAGAGAGAAGAAGCCAUUUUGGAAAAGAAGUUGGAAGCUUGGAGAAGUGUUCAAAUUAUCCCGAUACGUUGUGGUGCAUUUGCUGAGCCUCUGGGCUCCAUUUCACUUCAGUUGGGCGGCGUUUCGGCUUUUCUUUUGGCUCGUUAUCAUCAAGGGAAUCUGCAUCACAUUGUCUUAUCAUAGGAAUCUUUCGCACCGAAGUUUCGAUCUACCGAAAUGGCUUGAGUAUCUCUUUGCAUAUGGAGGUGUUCUGGCUUUUCAGGGAGACCCGAUAGAGUGGGUGAGCAACCAUCGGUACCAUCAUAAGUAUUGUGAGACACAACGUGACCCACACAGCCCUAUACAAGGGUUUUGGUAUAGUCACGUGACUUGGAUAUUUGAUACCGGUUCUAUCCUCAAAAAGUGUGGUGGAUAUGAGAAUGUAAGUGACCUAUUGAGGCAGCCCUUCUAUAGGUUCCUUCAGCGAACCUUCGGUUUGCAUCAAAUAGCUUUUGGCCUUCUCCUCUAUUUCUGUGGAGGCAUGCCCUUCCUCGCAUGGGGACUUGGUGUGGCAACCGUGGUUCGAUCCCACACAACUUUUCUGGUGAAUUCAGUUUGCCAUAUAUGGGGAACGCGAGCUUGGAAUACACCUGACUUCUCCAAAAACAACUGGUGGGUAGCGAUUAUAACAUUCGGCGAAGGAUGGCAUAACAAUCAUCAUGCGUUCGAGUUCUCGGCUAGGCAUGGACUUGAGUGGUGGCAACUCGACGUUACUUGGUAUCUCAUUAGGUUUCUUAAAGCUAUUGGUUUGGCCACUAACGUUAAGUUACCUACCGAAGCUCAGAAGAGAAUGGCUCGUAAUUAGUUCCUUCCUAUUUACAGCAUUAUAUAAGUUACAAGUACUGUGUAUGCAAAAGUCAACGAAAAUCAUGACUUGGGAUUCAGUUCCCCAAGUCCUAACGGUUACGUAAGUAAGAUAACUAUUUAAGUGUGAGUGCUGUCUUAAUAAAGAACACGACUUUCUUAUGAAUGGCUUUCUCAUUA